AUGUUCUUUCUCGCCGCGACAGGAGCUGGCGUGCCGCAGCCUGCUCCGAGAAGUUCAAGUCUCCCGCGGAAAGACGGCCUUCAGCGUUUGUCGUUUCACCCUCUUCUGCGCUGCCGGUCUACGGCCCUACGCCCCGGCACCAACGCACAGGCAAAUGUGUCUCUGCCUAUCCCAGGAGGCAUCCAGGAGGCGCCUCUUCGCGUUUCUUCCCAGCGUGUACACGAACCGGGUUCAUCCGUCGAGAAGGACAGCCGAACGAGCGCUCGCGGGUUGACGAGAGCUGGAGAUACACCGGAGACUUCGCUCUGUUAUCUGGACCCAAGGCAGCAAGGCGACGAAGCGCAGGGGAACGGAAGUUUGCGCGCGACAUUCUUCAACUCCCUUUUCUCCUUUGGAGCGAGAAAGGAUGACGACAGAAAGGCGGAAGAAGCGAGCAACGACACGCCUCAAGACGCGGCCAAAGAGACACACACAAAACUCACGGACACCCAACAGACAGCGGACGCCCGCGAACCCAACGGGAGGGAGGCAGGGGAAGGCGAACGAGGCGAGACGAAGACGCGACGAGGGAAAAAGGAACAGAAGAAGGGGCAGAGCAAGCCAGCGGCGGAGCGAGACACUCGAGAACGCGAGAAGAACGAAGAAAAGAUUCGAAACGAGGCCAACGAGAACGGCGACGUGGUGGCAGUUCACUUGGAAGCAGACGGCCGCAACUCAGCGGAGCCCGUCGAAGGCAAGACGAGAAGGAGACCGUGGAAUUACGGUCGCCCGUGGACGGAAGAAAUUCGACGGAAAAUUGCAACACGGACUCGUCUCGCGAUGCAGCGCCUCAAGUCCGAGAGAGCAGCCAUGAAGAAGGCGCGCGGAGAAGAAGAGACGGCACCCCGUCGGGCAAGCCCCGCCGCUGCGCGAGCGCCUCUCUCCCAUGCGACGAGGCUGAAACUCUCCGAACGCCUUCGCGCACGAUGGCGGGAUCCUGAGGCGCGAGUGAAACUCCUUCAACUCGGCCGGGAGCGGACUCAGUCGGAGGCAACGCGUGCCGCGAUCUCUGAGAGCGUUCGACGGAAGUGGAGAGAAGAUCCUGGAUACGCGGAGAGAGUGCGGGAGGGUCAGGCGAAGGUGAAUGCCGCCGGAGAGAAGCGGAAGAAAAUAUCCGACACACUCAAGCGCCUGUGGAGAGACGAAACCUUUCGUCAGCGCAUGCGAACAACGCGACGCCCGUACACAGAGGAACGACGCCGUGCUCUCAGUGCGAAGAUCACGGCGAUGUGGGCCGAACGGACAGAUUAUCGAAGUCGCACUGUGGAUGCCAUUCGCUCGCGUUUCGAUCGCUUGAAAGUCGAAGGAUUCCCUCGAAAGCUGGGAAGGACGAAAAUCCCAACGCAACGCGUGUUUUCGCGUUUUGCUUCCGGCCCAGCUUCGGGAGGUUCCCGAGCACCAGAUCUGUUCAGUCUGUUGGUGAAGCAACGCCAAGAAUUCUGGCAGCGCAUGUACCAGAAAUUGUUGACAGAAGAGAAGGGAGAAGGCAAGGUCGCGGAAGACGAGAAUCAAGGCGCGCGCGAUGCGGGAGAGCACAACUAA